UUGUUCAGUGAACACCGCACUUCCAUCUUGUCAGCGACGAUCGCUCAAUCGCGCGCGCGCGCUUAAACCAAAUCGCAGUAGCCAUCAACGCAUAAACUUCGACUUCGAACCGGCAAAGUCAUCAUUUCAUCUACAUUUAUGCGACCAAAGGCAGAACAGCAGCGGACACAGCUUCCAGUUUUGCCAACUCGAGUACACGAAAAUGUGGCUUCUCAUACCGAUCCUCGUCUAUUCGGUCAUCUUUCUCUACAUACGUCACGUCUAUACGUAUUGGAAACGUAAAGGCUUCCCAACCGAGCUUACCGGUUUGCGUUGGCAAUUUUUGAAACAGGUUUUUCGACGCGAAUUUGAUUAUGUGAACGCCAUCGACGAAGCAUACAAGGCAGGCGGCGAACGUCCUGUAUAUGGCGUGUACUUUUUCUUUCGGCCAACGCUGCUGGUGCGCGAUGUGGCUUUGGCGCGCACCAUCCUCGAGAGUCCGCAUGGGCAUUUCGAUGACAAACGCUGGCAUUAUAUGCAGGGUUAUCGUAAAAUUAAUUUACUAGAGAAGUUGGCAUCGAUUUUCAGUGCGACACGUGUAGAGGGAAUGUUUCGCAAUGUGGAAAAAGUGACCGAUCAUAUGAUGAAGCACUUGGAUGCGAUUACGGUGGGAAGUGAAUAUGUGGAUAUGCAAAUCGUUUUGAGAACCUACGUCAUCAACGUCUUCGCCAAUCUGCUGUACGGUCUAGACAGCAAUAUAUUCGAGCAACACGAUAGUGUUUUCAAAAAUUACAUACACAACACGCUACGAAAUCGCGGCAUCAAUUCCUACACACUAAAUCACUUGCCGAAAAAGUCAUCGCUCACCUAUCGGUUGCGUGACAUUAUCAAGGACAGCGUGGAACGACGUGAGGAUGGCGGCAUCAUACGCAAGGAUAUUAUGCAGCUAUUGGUAAAAUUCAGAAAUGGCAAUGACUUGACAAAUAAUAGCAAAUUAAAUUGGCAUGUGGAAAAUGUAUUUGAACGUGAAAAGCUGCUCUCCAUUAAGAAACUCUCCAAAGUCACUGAACGUUUCCUCAAUAUCGGCUUCGAAUCCACCGCCUCAGCGGCCACUUUAGCGCUUUACGAAAUUCUGCAAUCAGCGAGCAUUUAUAGAAAAGUAAGUGAAGAAAUACGCAACAUGGCUGCAGCAACAAAGAAUGCAGAUAAUACAGAUAAUAAAUUGACCUAUGCGGAUAUUGAUAGCCUCCAGUAUUUGGGCGCUUGCAUAAAAGAAACUGUGCGCAAAUACCCGAGUGUGCCGUACAUCGAGCGCGUUUGCCGUAAAAAUUUCCCAAUACCCAACAGUCGUGCUGUUAUCAGCGAGGGACGCACAAUAAUGGUGCCGGUAAUGGCAAUGCAACGUGACGAGCGAAAUUUCAAAGAUCCCGACUACUUUAGACCGGAGCGAUUUUACAAUGUGACGAGCGGCCCAGAGGUGGAGAAUUUCAUGGGCUAUGGCUUGGGCGCAGGUGUGUGUGUGGCUCGCAAUUUCGCCACUUUGGUUAUCAAGCUGGCACUCGCUAAACUACUCAACAACUACGACAUGGAAUAUUCAGUGAAUAAGGACGAACAAAUUCUCUACAACCCAGUGGCGUUUAUCAAAAGCAAGGAUGGCUUUAAAAUUAGACUGAAGAAAUAUAAAACCAGCGCACAUUUGUAAAAUUUGGCCUCUUUUAAUUAUAGAAUUGCUCCCUUACAUGUUUAUUUACUUUUUUAUAAUUAUAAGAAUGUAUGUAUGUUUAUAUGUAUACGAAAGAAUUUAUUAAAUGGAAUUUCGUUGUUUCCA